AAAAUACACAAUGAAAAAGGUGGACUAUCCUCCUGGACCUGAUGAACUGCAAAGCGUUGAAAGUAAAAAGGAAUAUGUAAGAACUGAAAUACUACCCCGAAGACCGUACAUUUACAUGGGACAUAUAUCUUUUCUGGAUUUUACUGAGCUUGGUUUAAAGCAGCCGUUGUACAUAGAUAUAGUAAGAGAUCCUGUGGAAAGAUGGGUCUCCAGGUUUUACUUCAACCGUCAACGUGCAGACUCUUUCAUAAGGAAUCCUUAUAAUUUUACACGAGACGAAAUGAAGCAAAGUCUCGACGAUUGCCUCCAAAUAUGGAUAAAUCGAACGGGUUGCACGGGCAGAAGUGUUAAGGCAACGGCUGAAUGUUUGCAAACAAGACCAUACGAAGGUUGUAAAGCGGGCUACAUUAUCUCGAUGUACCCGGAAUGGUUUUCUGGGCAGUAUAUAAAUUCUUCGUUGGUGUCCGUUAAAAGGGCCAAAACCAACAUUGAAAGAUAUUAUACUUUCAUAGGAAUCACUGAACACUUUGAAGAAACCGUCAAGGCGAUGGAAACAAUUUUGCCGAGUUUUACUGAUGAACUCUCCGAGGCGUACGAAACUUUGAAAUCAAAACACAGGAAUGUUGGAACUUUAAAAUCUAGUCCCAGGAAUGGAACUAAGGACAUAAUGAGAGAAUUGCUAAUGGAUGAUUAUGAACUCUAUGGAUUCAUACGUCAACGGUUUUACAUACAUUUAAACUGUCUAGGUAUAAAUAUGACCAAACAUGUAUGAAACUUCAGAAUAUGAUAAUUCUCAACCAAUAAACACAUACA